AUGUCGGCGACAAAAGCGCAUGCGAAUACAGAGGCAGAGACGACCCCUGUACCGGUGCCACGCGAUAUUCGACUCGUGUCUCUCAUUCUUGCCAGCAUGGGCAUUGAGGAUGUAGAGCCUGCGGUACUUGUGCAACUUUUGGAAUUCGCCCACCGCUACACAACACAAGUACUCCAGGAUGCACUAGUUUAUGCUGACCAUGCAUCCUCGCGUCAGGGCGGAAGCAGCAUUUCUAUCGAUGAUGUCCAAUUGGCCAUUCAAAGCCGAGUCAACUACAGCUUCACGCAGCCACCCCCCAAAGAGAUGCUUCUUUCUCUUGCGACAUCUCUUAACAGUGUUCCGCUUCCGCCCGUGUCGAACCGCUCGGGUAUCCGCCUGCCGCCCCCCGAAUUCUGUCUCACCAACGUGAACUUUGCCAUUGUGCCGGACCCACCGCCAGAGACUCGUUUUGGUGACACGAUUGUCCAGCCCGCUACAGACGGCCGUCCUACAGAGACAAAGGAGAACGAAACGACGGAGGACAUGUCUAUGGUCGAUGUCGAUGGCCAGGGAGUAGGAACAAAUGAAACGCACGGUGCUAAACGUGCGCUUGAAGAAGACGAAGAAUACGACUAA